UAUAAAUUUAUUAAUUUCAGGAUUUUUUGUUACUCUGUUCACUAUGCGUUAAAUUUUAUUAUGACUUGUUUAAUAAAAAUUGCCUUGUGUUUAUUAUGCUUUCUAAUUGGUAAUAGGACUGAUCAAGAUGUUGUUGACUACUGCAAAAAUACCAUUUGUGGAGGCAGUAAUGAACAUACACUUUGUAAGUUUUCAGGCCCAUCUCCAAAUUGUAUUGAUUUCGAAGAAAUAAUAACCACUCGAAAGGAUAAACAACUCGUUUUAGAUAAAAUAAAUUCAAGGAGAAAUAAAGUAGCUUCCGGAGAAAUACGAUCAUUGCCGGCUGCGGAGAGUAUGAUAAAACUGGAAUGGAAUGACGAAUUGGCACUAUCGGCGCAAAGAUGGGCGGACCAGUGUGAGUCGCAAAAUGUUGAAGAUACGUGCCGUGAUUUAGAAAACACAACUGUUGGUCAGAAUAUUGCGACAGUAAAGGGCGAGUCACCUGGUUUGAGUCCUCACGUGUUGGUCGACUUGUGGUACAUACAGCUGCUCAAUAUCAAUAUCAGCUUACUUUCAUCAUAUCAAUCAUCUUUAGAAACAGGCUUGCAGCACUACGACUAUUUUACACAAAUGGUCUGGGAUACCACCACCGCGGUAGGAUGUGGAGGGGUGAAGUUUAUAGAAAAUGAGAACAAAUUAGGAAAUGAAAAGAAAACAGUGUACAGGCUUGUAUGUAAUUUUUUCCCCUCUGGCAAUCUCCAGGGCAGAGAAGUGUACGCGACAGGGGAGCCCUGCUCGCAAUGCCCGGUACACUAUUCAUGUGAUUCUGAAUAUCCAUCAUUAUGUAGUAGGGACGAAAUAGAAGAGCAUACACUUUCUGUAAGUACCAAUAUGCCAAGUACUAGAUACCCGUUGGCUACGAUAGAUAAAAUUACGAACGAUACUGAAGCCAACACAACGAAAAUGAAGUCAUCUGAUAUUGUAAUGAAAGAACUACAUAUGGUGGAAAUAGAUUCCGCUGACUCUUUCGACCUCCUGUCUCAUUUAUUUGAAACAUCUACUACAUCAACAGAAACUACCCAGAGCACUCCAAAGUGCAAAGAUGUAAUAGCGGUAGAAGAAUUUAUUCGGAUCCUUAAAAAUAAAUUGAAUACAGAACAGCUUGUAAGAGAUUUUUUAUACUCUACUAAGACAUCUAGUUCAGACAGUUCUCCUUCAGAUGAACAUGUAAAAGCUGUUGUUCAGCAGAUAUAUAGCAAGAAAAUACCGGCAACGACUACAUCUGUCACUGAAAGUAAUCACAUGAACUCAACUCUCCUGGCUAAUUUGGUUGAAGCCAUCAUAUUUAGAAAAAGCGAUGCAAUCACUACAACACAUACUCCGUACGCUGAUACUCCAACGUACAAUAUUAUCAAACCAAUAAAAAUACAAGCAUCACUUGGUGAAGUAAAAGUGAACAAUGAAUUUAGUGGCCACCUAUUUUUCCCUGAAGAAGAUGAAAGCGAAGAAAAUUCUGAGACUGAAACAACAGAAUCUUUUUAUGACUCGACCGAUAUGCCUGCGUCUGAUAUUGCCUUUGAAAUUGAAAGUAUAAGUAAGAAUUCAAGAACUCGUAACUUCCUAGAUGAAGUACUAGAAGAAGAAUUGUUAAAAGAAGGUGCCACAGAAGACAGCCCAACUUCAACAUACAAAGAAAACGGGGUGAGGACUACAAUACCACAUCCUGGGCUAUAUUCAAGAAAAAUAAGGAGGUUUAGGCGCAAUUAUGAAAACAUCACCAACAACUCCGUUAUAGAGAAAAGAGACGGUGGUAAAUAUAUGCAUUAUUUUGAUUUGCUAAAGAAAAUAGCAGCCGAUUUACGACAGCUAAAAAUACGAGAGCAUCAUUCUUGCUCUUCGAAUAAUUCAAAUUUUAAAUGUGACAAUAUUUCUAUAUUUUUAACUUGUACAAUAAUGGUUCAUACUUUUUCUAAUAAUAUUUUAUGAAAUUAUUAGUAACCCUGUAAUAUAAAA